AUGUUGUCUCUUUGGGCUUUGCUCGGUAAAGCAAGUUUAGCUGGAGCAGGUGUGAUCUUAUUCUCCUUCCCCUUGAAUGCUAUAAUCGUCCGAUUCCAAAAGCGUCUAUCCAAGAAGCAAAUGAAAAUAAAGGAUGAGAGAAACAGAGUGACAAAUGAGAUUCUUGUGUCCAUGAGAUCGAUCAAGUUCUACUCCUGGGAAAACCCCAUGCUCAAGCACCUUCUUGAUAUUCGGAAUGGGCGCGAGAUGACAAAUCUUCGUAAAAAAAGAUUGCUUGGUCAAGUUUCGAGCUUUCUCUGGAUUCUUAUCCCAUUUUUGGUGUCAUUUGCAACUUUUGCAACUUUUGCUAUCACCAGCACUGUCCCACUUACUUCCGAUAUUGUGUUUCCUGCGCUCACAUUGCUUGAAAUUCUUUCCAAGCCAAUCCUCAACUUCCCUGCUGUGUUCAACUACAUCAUUGAGGGCUCUGUGGCACUUGACAGAAUUACAAAUUUUCUCAGCAGUCCCGAAGUUGACGAUAGUCUCAUUUCCAUCAAGUCAAGCGACCACCCAACUUCUCUUGAGAUUCAGAAUGUGUCAUUUUUAUGGAGCAAACCUGACACCUCUGAGAUACGGGAAGACAUGGAUUUCGCUAGCUUCAAAUACGCACUUCGAAACAUUAACUUGAAAGCAAACAAGAACGACCUCGUUUGUAUUGUUGGAAGAGUGGGAUCUGGAAAGUCAGCAUUACUAUCAUCGAUAAUUGGCCAACUUGCCGCCAUUCAUGCCUCAUCCCCCACAAACGGCCUUCUCCUAUUAGCUUGCACGGCAAAUCCGUGGAUCAUGAACGCCUCAGUUAAAGACAACAUUUUGUUCGGUCAUGAAUUUGAUGAAGAUUACUAUCAACGCACCAUCGAAGCUUGUCAGCUUGCUCCAGAUUUGAAGAUACUUCCCGAUAACGAUAACACUCAAGUUGGUGAGAAGGGCAUCUCAUUGUCUGGUGGGCAGAAGGCAAGGUUAGCAUUAGCUCGUGCAGUGUACGCGAGAGCCAACAUUUAUCUUCUUGACGACGUCUUGAGUGCUGUUGACAGUCAUGUGGGAAGGAAUAUCGUCCAACAAGUUUUCAGCAGAUCGGGACUCUUGGCUAGGCUGACGAUUGUUCUCGCUACAAACAAUAUUCCUGUGCUUCUGAGUGCUUCGAAGAUCUACUAUCUUGAAAAUGGUUCCAUAUUAGAGGAGGCGGGCUACGACGAAAUCAGCCCUGAGGCUUUCCCUAAACUCAAUCGCCUUAUCACCGAGUUUGGUAGCCUGACAGAAGUAUCGAAAUCACCUACACCUGACGAAAGUUCCGAGCCGCCUCCAUACAGCAAAGCAAACAUGGCACCAUUCGAAUGGAAUCCAUUGAAAAAGAACACUUUGUCAAAGAAGACAGCUCAGUCAGCAGAGAUUUCGGCGAAAGGAAAAGUCAAUUGGAGUGUCUACUACGACUACAUCAAGGCAUGUUCGACAAGUGGUGUGCUUGUGUGGGUUGCUAUUUUUGUCGCUUCUACCUUGAUUUCGGUGAGAACGACUUACUGGCUUAAGCAGUGGGCUGAACGUAACUCUGAUAUCGGUAACAAUUCGGAAGCGCUUCGUUUCAUUCUGAUUUAUGCUAUGUUGGGUCUCACUACAAGUAUAUUGACCCUGGCGAGAGGUGUGUUAUUUUGGGCCUUCUUGGGUCUUCGUGGUGGAAAGAUUAUACAUGAGCGAAUGGCACGGCGACUUAUGAAGGUGCCCAUGUUAUUUUUCGAAAGAACUCCAGUUGGAAGAAUCAUGAAUCGUUUCAGUAACGAUGUGAACAAAGUUGAUGAUGCCUUGCCAAGGUCAUUCAACAAUUUCUUGAAUGCUUGCUUGAGGACGAUCAUGACAUUGUUGAUUGUCGUCUUUGCCAUUCCCUCGUCCCUCCCUGUCUUGGUAGUAUUGGGCAUAUCCUAUCGGUAUUUCCAGAAGUACUAUGUUGCAGUGCAAAGAGAAAUGAAACGGCUUGUGUCGGUAUCGCGGUCACCCAUAUUCGCUCAUUUCCAAGAGAGCUUAACUGGUGCUGACACCAUUAGAGCUUACAGGCAGCAGGAUCGCUUUCUUUUCAUCAAUGACGCUAAUGUGGACUUCAACCUUCAGAGUCUUUACAUGUUACGGUCGGUCAAUCGGUGGCUUCUGGUGAGAUUGCAGAUGAUGGGUUCCCUUUUGAUCUGGGUAUCCUCGUCUCUUCUCAUUUACAAAGCAUCGUCAUCCUCUGCUUUGAGCGCUGGAAUGGUGGGUUUCGUGAUGAGUUACUCUUUGCAAGUUACAAGUUGGCUUCGUUUGAUUGUCAGGUUCUCUGCAGAAGUGGAGUCCAACAUCGUCUCAGUGGAAAGAUGUUUGGAGUAUGCCGAAUUGCAGCCUGAGGAAGACGUUGACGAUAAGUUUGAGCAACCAGGUUCUGGUUGGCCACGCGAAGGAGCUAUUGACGUGAAAGACUUCUCUGCCCGAUAUGCCAAAAACCUCGACACUGUGCUUAACAAUAUCUCCUUCUCUGUAAAGGCUGGUGAAAAGGUCGGAGUCGUUGGGCGAACUGGAGCAGGAAAGAGUUCCUUGGUGUUGGCCAUUUUCCGAAUGAUCUCUCUCAGUGAAGGUCUGAUAUUUAUCGACCAGGUGGACACCAAGAAGCUUCGUCUUUUUGAUCUCAGACAUAACCUCAGUAUUAUACCGCAAGACUCACAUAUGUUUGAGGGCACUGUCCGUGACAACCUUGAUCCUUUCAAGGAGCACAAUGAUGAACGCUUGUGGCGAGUUUUGGAGCUUUCCAAUCUCAAAGAGACUGUGGAGCGUCUAGAUGGUGGACAGGGUCUUGACAGUCCAGUCAGUGAGGGAGGUGGAAAUUUCUCUGCUGGUCAGAAACAGCUUAUUUGUUUGGGAAGGGCUCUUUUGAACCCCUCUAAAGUAUUACUUUUGGAUGAAGCAACCGCUGCCGUGGAUGUGCAAACAGACAAAAUCAUCCAGGAGACAAUUCGUCAUGAAUUCAAAGAAAAGACGAUUAUAACAAUUGCACACCGGUUGGAUACUGUCAUGGAUAGCGACAGGAUUCUCGUGUUGGACCAUGGAGAAGUCAAGGAGUACGACUCUCCCGAUGCACUUCUACGCGACCCACACAGCCGUUUUAGAGGUAUGUGUGAGGCGAACAACUAA